UAGCAGGCGUUGCGGAUCGGAUAUGGCUGAUAACUAUGAAAAUAUUCAUAUUCCGAAAGGAAAUAAUUCAAUGAAACUGUCAUGAACCGUAGGCUGAGCAGGGAACGGGGAAUCAGAGUUGGGGAGAUGGAGAUCCAAGAACAACGCACUUAUUUGGCAUAACAGAAAGCAGGCAGCAAAACGAGGCAUGGAUUCCUGGAUCUUGCAAGCUCUCCUCUUGGCUGGGCUGGUGAUACACAGGUCCAAUGCUGGGGUCACCUCCGGGGAUGGUGAAGGCUACAGGGGUGAAGAUAUGGAAAACUACAACAACAUGGCUGGGCAGGUGAUACACACAUCAAAUGCUACGAACACCUCUGGGAACUAUGUAGAAGUCAGCGGCGAUGGGGAGACAGAGCACAGCGGGCUCUCCCAUGUUGAAGCCACCAACGUGACCACCACCAGUAUCAUCAACCUCACCUCUAUUCUCGAUGUGACCACCGCCUCCAGCAUCACCAACCACACCUCUAUUCGCGAUGUGACCACCACCCCCAGCAUCUCCAACCACACCUCUAUUCGCGAUGUGACCACCGCCCCCAGCAUCACCAACCACACCUCUAUUCGCGAUGUGACCACCGCCCCCAGCAUCACCAACCACACCUCUAUUCGCGAUGUGACCACCGCCCCCAGCAUCACCAACCACACCUCUAUUCGCGAUGUGACCACCGCCCCCAGCAUCACCAACCACACCUCUAUUCGCGAUGUGACCACCGCCCCCAGCAUCACCAACCACACCUCUAUUCGCGAUGUGACCACCGCCUCCAGCAUCACCAACCACACCUCUAUUCGCGAUGUGACCACCGCCUCCAGCAUCACCAACCUCACCUCCAUUCUCACCACCAGCCUCGAGGCCACUCCCUCUAAACAUACCCUAACCCCCAACCUGAGCCUUCAGGGUAAAUCACACAUUGGCCGGCUACUGCUGGCUCUGGGAAUCAUGCUGUUGCUCCUGUUGCUCUGUACGGUGCUGCUGGUGUCCAGUGGCACGUUUGCCUGCCAGGUCCGGAACCUCCGCGACCGGCUCUGUUCAUUCUGGCCAGCCCAGCCACCCCGUGUAAAUGCCGACGUGAUCUGGUUCAGGAAGGUCACCGAGGUGAUGGAGACCGAGAUGGAAAAGAUGAUGGAGGAGGCCGAGAACAAGGUGGAGAAAACGCUUUGCGUGGAGGCCGACGCCCAGGAGACAGAGGCUGCCGGCGUCGUCCCCACAGCUCCCCCUGCUGACCCCUCCUCAGACUGCGUUCUGAAUGUCUGA